AUGAAGGCUGUUCUUCCAUUAGCAGUACUUAUUGCAGUGGCAAAUGCUGCUCCAGCACCACAAGUUGUGACCGUAUGGCAAGUUGCCACACAGGUUGUAAAUAACGAUGGUUCAGUUUAUACCUAUAUCCCACCAGUACCCACUGCUGCAGUAGCAGUCUCAGCUUCGGCAGAUGUUGCUGCUGCCGCCCCUAUUGCUUCAGCCUCUGCUCAAGCGGGUGUUUCCGCCGGUGCUUCCGCUGGUGCUUCCACAGGUGCUUCCGCUGGUGCUUCCACAGGUGCUUCCGCUGGUGCUUCCACAGGUGCUUCCGCUGAUUCAAGUGGUGUUUCUCUGGCCCUUUCCUGGCUCAAAAGUCUUUGGUCGGAUUAUUCGUCGUCAAAAUCUGGCAGUUCACAAGCCGCUGCAGGAAGUGCAGUGGCUUCUUCGACUGUGGCAGCUCUGGCGUUUGUUCCAAUCCCUUCCACAGCUCCAGCCCCUUACUACUCGUCACCUGCUGCAGACCCAUAUGCCGCAGCUGAAACCACAACCUCUUCUUCGUCAUCCGUACCACAAAGUACAAGUACCAGUACCAGCGGUAGUUCCGGAAGUUCCUCAGGAAUUUAUGCUGAUAUUGGACUCUCUUCUGGAAUUGAUUCAACCUUCUCGAAAAACAUUUUGGAUGCCCAUAACCAAAAGAGAGCCCUUCACGAUGCCCCAGAACUUUCUUGGGAUAAGGAUGCGUACGAUUAUGCCCAAAAAUAUGCGGAUAACUACGAUUGUUCCGGAGUUUUAACCCAUAGUCAUGGUCCAUUUGGCGAGAACUUGGCCGCUGGGUACCAUACCGGCGUGGAUGCACUCGAUGCCUGGUACGACGAGGGCCAAAGUUACAACUAUGCCGCUUCAAACUCAUAUGAUCACUUUACUCAAGUUGUAUGGAAAUCAACUACAAAAUUAGGUUGUGCGUACAAGGAUUGUUCUUCUACAGGCUGGGGUAGAUACAUUAUUUGUUCUUAUGACCCAGCAGGAAAUGUGGUUGGCCAAAGCAAACUUAACGUCUUGGCUACUUAG